GCCUACUUCUUCAUUUCUUGUUUCUCAAGCUCACAUCCUCUACUCCUAAAUCUCUUUCCUCUUCCUAACAACAAAUUUUUUUGUUUUACUAGAACAAAUUCGAAAGAAGAGAAAAUGAGGAGCUUACCCCCCACAAUGCUAAACACACACCCCAACACAAGUUCUUUAUGGCACACUCCAAUCCCAUAUCUCUUUGUAGGAUUAACUGCGAUUAUGGGUCUCAUAGCAUUGGCGUUAUUGGCACUAGCUUGCUCUUAUUGUAGUAACAACGAAGACAAAGAGAGUGAGUCUCAAACUAAGGAACCCGUCCAAGCCUACGAAGAGAAAAUCCUAGUCAUUAUGGCUGGGAAUGAGAAACCAACAUUCUUGGCUACCCCUAGAGUUUUGUCUAUUUACGACGGAGAUAUUGACAACCAUGUACCUAUUCAAGAAAAUUAAGAUUAUUGUUCUUCACAAGAUAG